AUUAUUGAACUUGGCACUAACAUUCCAAACUUGUAAUAGUUUACUCAAACCACUAUGAAAUAGUGAAAAGUAUAGUAGCAGCAUAAUCCUUAGGAGAAACCAUGGAAAGUACUAAGAAAGUUGACGAUAAUUCAAAGCCAGAGAUUAAUUACAGAGGAAUAAAGGCCAUGCCUUUCAUCAUAGGAAAUGAAACAUUUGAGAAGCUAGGAGCUAUUGGUACCUUGUCCAACCUGUUAGUCUACUUGACAACAGUAUUCAACAUGAAAACAAUCACAGCUACAACUAUGAUCACUGUCUUCAACGGCACCACCAACUUUGCAACUCUAAUAGGAGCUUUGCUUUCUGACACCUACUUUGGCCGUUACAACACCUUGGGAUUCGCCUCGAUUGCCUGCUUUAUGGGACUAUUGAUGAUAGACUUAACAUCAGUAAUCAAGAAACUUCAUCCCCGCCCGUGUGGGAAUGAGGAGAGUGUCUGCAGUGGGCCGUCAACUGGGCAGAUGGCAUUUUUUCUGACUGGGUGGGGACUACUGAUAGCAGGAGCAGCAGGCAUAAGGCCAUGUAACUUGGCCUUUGGGGCUGAUCAGUUUAACCCCAACACAGAAUCAGGAAAGAAAGGGAUCAAUAGUUUCUUCAAUUGGUACUUCUUUACUUACACUUUUGCACAAAUGGUGUCUCUGACACUCAUAGUUUAUGUGCAAUCCAAUGUGAGUUGGAGUAUUGGAUUAGCGAUUCCCGCAGCUCUUAUGUUGAUUGCUUGUUUGCUAUUUUUCAUGGGUACCAAGAUCUAUGUGAAGGUUAAGCCCCAGGGUAGUCCUCUUUUGAGUUUUGUUCAGGUUAUUGUUGCUGCAGUCAGAAAAAGUGAACUGAAGCAACCAGAUUUUCAGUUGGGUUCUGUGCUCAAAUACUUGCCUACUGAUUCUGUCAACUCCAAUUUGCCUCACACAAAUCAGUUCAGAUUCCUCGACAAAGCUGCAGUUAUAACCCCCGAUGACCAGAUCAAAGCGGAUGGAUCAGCAGCGAAUGCCUGGAAACUCUGCACAGUGCAGCAGGUAGAAGAAGUAAAGUGCAUACUAAGAGUGUUACCCAUAUGGGCAUCCGGCAUAAUAUACCAUGUUCCUAUAGUACAAAUGCACACAUACGUGAUAUUCCAGGCACUACAAUCGGAUAGACACCUAGGAAAAACAAAAUUCGAAGUUCCAGCUUCAUCCUACAUUGUUUUCAUGAUGAUAAGCCUCACCAUUUGGAUUCCAAUCUAUGAUCGAAUAUUAGUCCCAUUUCUUGAAAAAUUCAAGAAAAAAGAGGGUGGAAUCACAAUCCUGCAAAGGAUGGGAAUCGGAAUAGUAUUCUCCAUUCUCACUAUGCUUGUGGCAGGCCUAGUAGAAAACCAUAGGAGAAAACUUGCACUUACAAAACCAACACUCGGGAUUUUCCCAAGAAAAGGCAAGAUCUCUUCCAUGUCAAGUUUUUGGCUAGUUUUUCCAUUGGGUUUAGCAGGACUUGGUGAAGCAUUCAUGUCAAUUGGUCAAGUCGAGUUUUACUACAAGCAGUUUCCCGAAAACAUGAGGAGCGUUGCUGGCUCCAUAUUCUUUUUAGGCAUCGGAAUGUCAAGCUACUUGAGCAGUUUUUUGAUCUCCAUAGUUCAUAAGACAACAAAGAAAGGAACAUCAGGUGACUGGUUAUCUGAGGAUCUUAACAAAGGGAAGUUGGAUUAUUACUAUUACAUGAUAGCUGGACUAUGUACCUUAAAUUUUGUUUAUUUCCUUGGUUGUGCUAGGUGGUAUAAGUAUAAAGGAUGUGGUGAAAAUGGCAGGAAAAUAGAAAUAGAGCCUAUAGGUAGUGUGGAACUUACUGAGUCUGACAAAGGAACUGUAUGAUUUUUACCAUCAGAGAGCAGAAACAGGAAGUAUUUACUUGACAGUAAGCAACUAAGCAUACAUCAAAAGUUCAUUUACUGUAAAUGCAAAAGGCAAUGAAGAGAAGUAACUCCUGUCCCCUAGUCCAGCAAUUGGCGAAGGACAAUUAGUGGUCGCUCAA